GACGCCACUAGGCACGUGUUCAGGUCGCCCGUGGUAACCCCGAGUCCGCGGAAGUGGAGACCGAUGGCCAGGCGGCUGAUACAGAGGACUGAAGUUAUGGAACCAUAAAGUGUGUUUUGGUCAGCAGCCAUUUAUGAUUCUGGAAAUUAAAGCAGAGAGGACACCUCAACUGAGCUCUUAAAAAACAAGCUAUACCAUGGAUAUAAAACUGGACUCUUCCCAAGAUGACCUACCACUCAUGGCCAAUACCAGCCACAUACUUGUGAAGCAUUAUGUACUGGACUUUGAUGUGGAUUUAGAAAGUCAAAUCAUUGAAGGCACCAUAGUACUUUUUUUUGAGUCUGAAAAUGGAUUCAAGAAACCAAGUAGUUCCACCGAGGAAAUCUGCCAGUCUAAUAAAGCCUGCAAAUUUAGGAUGACUGAAUCCUGCCAAAUUCCUGUGACAAAUACAAGGACUUUCCCAUCUAAAAUGGGAUAUAAUGAUUUUACAGUCUGUGGCAAAGGUGAAAGAGAUACUUCUGAUAAUGGUGGUAACCAUGACAACCAGGAACAGGCUUCUGGGAUUUCUAGCUCAAAGUACUGCUGUGACACAGGGAAUCAUGGAAGUGAGGAUUUUUUGCUAGUGUUAGACUGCUGUGAUUUAUCUGUGUUAAAGGUUGAGGAGGUAGAUGUUGCUGCUGUGCCAGGUAUUGAAAAAUUUACAAGGUCUUCCAAGCUCAAGGCUGUUUCUGAGAAGCUUAGGAAUCAGAUCGUACACGAACUUGUGACUCUGCCUGCAGAUCAUUGGAGGGAGCAGUUAGACUAUUAUGCUCUCUGUAGUCAGGCGCCUGGCUGUGGGGAACUCUUGUUUGACACUGACACUUGGAGCUUACAGAUCAGGAAGACAGGGGCUCAGACAGCUACUGACUUUCCUCACGCCAUAAGGAUAUGGUACAGAACUAAACCCCAGGGGCGAUCAGUUACAUGGACCUCAGACCAGAGUGGCAGACCAUGUGUUUAUACUAUGGGAUCGCCCAUAAACAACAGGGCCCUUUUUCCAUGCCAGGAGCCACCCGUUGCCAUGUCAACAUGGCAGGCUACAGUUCGAGCAGCUGCAUCUUUUGUUGUCUUAAUGAGUGGGGAAAAUUCUGCCAAGCCAGCACAGCUUCGGGAAGGUUAUUUAAGCUGGCACUAUUAUGUAACAAUGCCCAUGCCAUCCUCCACCUUCACAAUUGCAGUGGGAUCCUGGACAGAAGUAAAGAAAGAUAUCUGUUCUUUAGAUGAAGUGGCAAAAGGGAGAUCCAUCCCACCUUCUGAUCCUGAUUUCAGGCACGUUGGCAUUUGUGAUCACAUGGAUUAUCCUUGCCGCUUCCAGAAUGCUUCGGCCAUCACCCAGGCCAUCAUUCCUUAUCGGGUCUUUGCCCCAGUCUGCCUCCACAGUACCUGCCAAGGGACCCUUCUGCCAUUGAUUCCGCCUUGCCUCUUAGCAGCACACUCUAUUCUGGGAACACACCCCUUCUCCAGGCUGGAUGUCCUCAUCGUCCCUGCCAACUUUUCAAGUCUGGGGAUGGCCAGCCCACACAUCAUCUUCCUCUCACAGAGCACUUUGACAGGAGUGAGCCAUCUCUGUGGCACUCGUCUCUGCCAUGAAAUCGCCCAUGCCUGGUUUGGCCUAGCCAUUGGGGCCCGCGACUGGACCGAAGAGUGGCUGAGUGAAGGGUUUGCCACUCACCUGGAGGACAUGUUCUGGGCUGAAGCACAGCAGCAGCUUGACCCCCAUGAGGCACAGGAACAGCAGGAGCUGAGGGCCUGUCUGAGGUGGAGACGUCUCCAGGAUGAGGUGCAGGACUCUGCAGACGAGCUGCAGGUGUUGAGACCCAAAAAAGAGAAAACUGGGCAUGUGAGUGACUCAGGAUCAUCUGUCAUCAAACAUGGGCUCAAUCCAGAGAAAGUCUUCAUGCAAGUUCAUUAUUUAAAGGGCUAUUUCCUUCUCCGGUUCCUUGCCAGAAGAAUUGGAGAGGACACCUAUUUUUCAUUUUUAAGAAAAUUUGUGCAUGCUUUUCAUGGGCAGUUGAUUCUUUCUCAGGAUUUCCUUCAAAUGCUGUUGGAGAGCAUCCCAGAAGAAAAACGGCUUGAAUUGUCUGUUGAAAACAUCUUCCAAGACUGGCUGGAGAGUUCUGGAAUACCACAGCUCCUGCGGAGGGAACACCAGGCCCGUGAGGAGUGCGGGCUCGCGCGGCAAGUGAGAGCCGAGGUCGCGAAAUGGAUUCAAGUGAACCGGAGACCCCGAAAACGGAAACGAAAGGAAACGGAAGAAGUGUUUGCAAAGCUUCUUCCCGAUCAGCUGAUCCUACUUCUGGAACAUCUUUUGGAGCAGAAGACCCUGAGUCCCCGAACUCUGCGAAGCCUUGAGAGGACAUACCACCUCCCUGAGCAGGAUGCAGAGGUUCGCCACCGGUGGUGUGAACUCAUUGUCAAGCACAAAUACAGACGAGCAUACAAAGCUGUGGAGAGAUUCCUUCAGGAGGACCAGGCCAUGGGCAUCUACCUCUAUGGGGAGCUGAUGGUGGGUGAGGAUGCCAGGCAACAGCAGCUCGCCCGCAGGUGCUUUGAGCUGACCAAGGAGCAGAUGGACAGAACCUGUGCAGAGGUGGUCGCUGAGAUGUUGUUUUGAAAAAGUUGGAGAACAGACGCCUCUAUAGCUCCUCUCUGGAAACAGAAGCCGACACAGUGGAAGAUGCUCGUGGCCCCUCACUAUGCCCAGCCGAUGACCUCUCUGACGAGGUGCAGAGCUUAGCUGAUUGGUGAACAGUGACUGGUUUCCGCUUUGUUCACAGUGGCUAAGUUCUGCACCUGAAGAGAAGGUGAGAUAUGGGGACAGUUAAGUUGGAACCACGGGGCAGAGGCCGCUGCUAUGAGCGAGUGCCCGCUGCUCGGGUCUUGAGUACCAUGCUGGAGGAUGAGACCUGUGGCCUCACGGAUGCACUUUCUCCUGCACGAAGGCAAGGAUUGUACCGGAAGUCCAUAGAAUUAUAAGCCCACUAGUUAGCCAUCUGUCUGAAAGGUCAAGUGAAGUGAAAGCAGAAAUUACUCUUAGGAAAAAGUAAACCAGAUGCAUGACAAGUCAGUAAAACUGUAGCAGCAGUUGGUUGCAUGUGAGUGGUCUGGGCUGCUGAAGGAGAGCCUGUGGUGACUUCCUGAGCGUGGUGAACUCUCUCUUGUAUUUGCAGUCUAGGCUUCUGUGUCUUCCUCAGCGGCCAGCAGACGACGGAGCGAGCUCUCGGCCGAGGCGCUGCUUCUCCAGGCUGGCGAUUGGACCCGCCCUCCGGUGCCUACUGAGCUGAUAUCAGUUCUCAUUUUACACACUGGCUCAGUUCAGCAGGAACAGGAGUCGAGCCCUAGAGCAAAAAGCCUUCCUGUUUGUAUGUGCCCAGAGGCUCAGGAGCUGGACUCCAUCCCGCAAGACAGCUGAGCGGCCGCCACCAAAUCCUGAUGGCAGCAGUGGUGCUAUCUGUAUGUGGUCCUGUUGUGUAGAUGGUGGGAGAACCAUAAAACUGCUGACGUGAAAGCCAGGCUCUUCACUGAAAGCAGACGUGUUAUUAGUGCCAUAAAUGUGUGACACAGGCGAUGCCCACCUCUCCUGUGGUAUAGAAUGUAGACAGUCUGAAAAUAAUCCAUGAAUGUAAGUAAAAUGGGCUGUCUUUCUGGAUACUUCCUUGUGAGUGAAGCCUCGGUGACAGUGCUGGCUUUCAUAGCCACAUGUGAACCCAGUGAUCCCCACUCUGGGGUGUGAGCUGCGACUUGGGUCUCAGAGGCCUGUCCUCUCUGCAGAGUCCUCUCCACAGCAGAGAGCAGAGGCACAGAGGUGCCCCUUUAUAAGAAUUCCUCAACUCUGACUGGGCAAUAAAUUUUAUUACUGUUCCCUUUGCAGGAAAGAUCACAGCAAGAUUCUUUUCAGACAUCUCCCAGCCCUGGCUGGGAGCAGGAUGGCUGUGACCCUGGACAUCAAAGCAAGGAUUGCAGGGCUACUGAAGCGAUGAGCCAACAGUGGCAUGCACAGCUGCCCCAAAGACUGGUCCCCUUCAUGAACACCAUCCCCACGGAGUUGUAUGGGGGUCUUUGUCCCCCAGCCUCGACUUGCUGCCUCAGGAUAUUGAAUCAAAAUUGUACCUGUUUUGUAGGAUUAAGGCAGUUCUGUCACUCAAAUGACCACGUUCCAAGACACACGGGGAGAAAGCCUGCUGAAUGUUGCACGUCAGCCCCUCAGCGUGUAACUGCACUGUGUGUUUUGUCACUUAAGGAAACCAGUGUCUGGGCUGGGCCUAGGUUAGGGCAUCCUCUGGGUUACUGCAGAAAGAUGUUGCAGUGUCCUUUUGAAUUGACUUGUCCAUUUAGAUUUUUACAAAAUUUUCAUGCUUUUUGAUAAAACUACAGGGUGAGAACCUCAGGUGUGUUAAUAAUAAAGUAAUGGGUUCAGUUUUUUGUACUUGCUUUCUUUUCAGUUUAAUACUGAUUUAACAGGGAAAUUACUGUAUACGAAAAGGGUACUGCCUGCAUUCUGGUCAUUCCUGUCCCUCAUUACUGGUGUCUCUAGUUCCCAGGAUAGCCUUGGAGUGCUCAAAAGGCUUGCAUGGGGGGCAUCUGCUCCUCAUUGCAGAAUUGGGGCACAGCAAAGGCCUGUGGGUUCUACAGUGUGUCACCCCUCUUUCUCACAAGUGUUUGAAGUCUAAAAAGACAUAAGCUUCUCAAUACUGUCCAAAAGACAGGGUAGUCCAAAAUAGCGCAGGAAACACAGUGACAGGUUUGUCACACAGCUGGUGCUCUGGGGGGCUGAGCUGACCGGAGUCCCCUGCCAGGCUGUGCUCCAUUUAAAUAUGUGGGGUGACUACAACUCUUCCACCAACCUUCAUUAGAGUUUACUGUGCAGAAUUUUUUCAUGGUGACUCAUUCUAAAAUGUCUAGGAUUUGCUCUCAGCUGUUACUCUGUGCUGCAUGUAAUUGUAUGGUCUGUGUUUACUGUGUUGGUAACAGAAUAAAUUUUUUUAAUUGGAAUAAAUGUAAGAACAGCUUUC